AGUCACAUACCAUAAAACAAAAGAAAAAGCAUAAUUUUGUUGGUACUUUUAAGAGUACUAAGGUACCAACAAAAAAUAAGAAAAAAAUGAGGGCAGUUUCUUCCUGUAUUCUGUUUUGCUUCACUUUUUUUCUCGUAAGUUCUGUCCAAUCUAGUCCUAAUUACAGGGAUGCAUUAGCAAAAUCUAUAAUGUUCUUCCAAGGUCAGAGGUCAGGGAAAAUCCCCAACUCUCAACAAAUUACUUGGAGGUCCACUUCAGGCCUUUCUGAUGGUUUACUUGCCCAUGUGGAUUUAACUGGAGGCUACUAUGAUGCUGGAGACAAUGUGAAAUUUAAUUUCCCAAUGGCUUUCACCACCACAAUGCUUUCAUGGGGAACUCUAGAAUAUGGCAAAAGAUUAGGUCCUGAACUGCAAAAUGCAAGGGCAGCAAUACGAUGGGGUACGGACUAUCUUUUAAAAUGUGCUACAGCCACUCCUGGGAAGCUCUAUGUAGGUGUUGGUGACCCUAAUGUUGAUCACAAAUGCUGGGAGAGGCCUGAGGAUAUGGACACUGUUCGUUCUGUUUACUCUGUUUCUGCUAGCAACCCGGGCUCUGAUGUUGCAGGGGAGACGGCUGCUGCGUUGGCGGCUGCUUCGAUGGUUUUCCGGAAAUCCGACCCGAAAUAUUCGAAGUUGCUGCUGGCUACGGCUAAGAAGGUUAUGCAAUUUGCAUUGCAGUAUCGGGGUGCUUAUAGUGACUCACUUGGUUCAGCUGUUUGCCCAUUUUAUUGCUCAUAUUCUGGCUAUAAGGAUGAGCUAUUAUGGGGAGCAGCAUGGUUAUUCAGGGCAACAAAUCAAAUUUCGUAUUACAAUUUGUUGAAAUCAUUAGGAGCUGAUGAUCAACCUGACCUGUUUAGCUGGGACAAUAAGUAUGCUGGUGCUCAUGUACUCUUAUCAAGGAGGGCUGUAGUCAACAAUGACAAAAAUUUUGAGCAAUACAAAGUUGAAACUGAAAAUUUCAUGUGCCGGAUCUUACCCAACUCUCCCUUUACCACUACAAAAUACACACAAGGUGGACUGAUGUACAAGAUGGGUGAAAGUAACCUACAAUAUGUGACAUCAAUUACAUUCUUACUUACCACUUAUGCCAAGUACAUGAAAUCAACAAAGCACACUUUCAACUGUGGAAAUCUCUUGGUCACUCCUAAUUCAUUAUUAUAUGUUGCUAAAAGACAAGUGGAUUAUAUACUAGGUGUGAACCCAAUUCAAAUGUCAUACAUGGUAGGCUUUGGGCCACAUUUUCCAAAGAGAAUUCACCACAGGGGAUCUUCAUUGCCAUCAAUUGCUAGUCACCCACAAACUAUUGGAUGUGAUGGAGGUUUCCAGUCUUUCUUCUAUUCUCCAAACCCUAACCCUAACAUCUUAGUCGGAGCCAUCGUUGGCGGCCCGAAUGAUAAAGACGGUUUUCCGGACGAUCGAUCUGAUUAUAGUCAUUCAGAACCUUCAACUUAUAUCAAUGCUGCCAUUGUUGGUCCUUUGGCAUACUUUGCUGAAACCAUUAAGGGCUAAUUAAUUGAUUGACUUUUUCUUUGCUGGUCACAUAUUGCACAUAUUAUGAAAGCUUUGUCUGAUCUCUUCAGAAAAAAAUGAAAGCUUUGUCUGAUUAAGUAUUGGGUCUUGUUUGAUUAUUGUCUUCAACUUUUUAUCUCUAGGAAUUUAGGAUUUCAGCUAAAUGUAAUAGAUUUUAACUCUGUUCGAAUUUGAUCAAAUUUGGUAAAUCGGAGAGGGCUACCUCCUGUUGUGUAGUCCAAAUCUAAUCAGCCUCCUGAAAAAUUCAAGUGAGGAAUUUUCUUUUC